AUGUAUGACAAUAAAGAUCUAAUGCAUUCGACUAGGCCCAGACUAUCCAAGUUCUGGUACUACGCCCGUGUGGAGUUAGUCCCCCCAAUGCCGUCUGAGAUCCCCGCCAUUCAGAAGGGCCUCGGCGAAGUCGUAGCCAGUGCACGCACAGGGAAAUGGAUGAACAUGACUACCAGGACACCUGUCAGCCGGUUUGGUGAGCAACAUGAGCCAAUGUGUGGCAUGCAUCAUAACAUGGCCAUGGGAGAUGGGGGAGCAGUGACAGCUCAUGGAAUGGCAGGAAUGGUCUGGAACCCUGUAGCUGCUAUGCAACUUCAUGGCACCGAUCCAAAGACGGCUCAUUCAUAUCCAGGAAUGCUCAUCUUCGUUCAGCAACCACUGUGCUCGGUCUGGUCACCAUGGCAACUGACCGGUCUCAGGGCCCCGCCUCCAGCAGCCAUUGGUCAAUAUCGUCGCGUACCAAUUCCAAUCAGCAAUGAGCGUAGUCGAGGGCGACGCAAGACACCUGUCAGCUUUGUUGUUGUACCUGUCAGUGAUCCGGGUUACCCUGUUGGUUCACCAGGGAGUAGCAUCUGGGCUUAUACACCAAGUUUGGGGAGCACACUUCUCCAUCCAUACUUAUAGAGGGCGCUGUUCAUCACAGCCUGCAGCAUCCUCAAGAGAUAGUUAAGUUAAUUAUUUUUCUCAAAUGUCCAGCAGCCAUAGAGGGCACUAUAAUGCUACCUGGUUUGUUCACAGACAUAUAAACGCAUAGACUGCCAGUCUGGCACUUGAAAGUGUGAUUUGGUUAAGUACAGUUGUAUAUGGCAAAUCGUUUGUUGACAGCAUGCAUAACUGUAACGCGGUGAUGGUUCAAUUAAAGCCCCAAACGCUUAGUAUAAUGGUAUAUACAUUGAAAUACAAUUUAUACAUUAUUUUGAUAAAGGCUGUUUAACUCAGAACUUAGUUGUAUGAAAAUGUUGGGUACCGUGUUUAGUUCACAAGGGAUUUGUUUACAAUCAAAAACUAACUUCAUAAUUGUUUGUUCCACGUUUGACUGGAAUUCUUCAAUUGUGUGCAAAAACCCUACAUACUAAGAGGUGAAUUUGUCCACUGAUUUUAGUCGGGUGCUUGGUAUAAAAUCACUAAAUGCUACUGUAGUUCUGAAUAGGACCUAGCGGUCUAUGCGUGUAUUUGUCUGUGGGUUUGUUGCCUUACUUGCCCAAAAAAUUUGUUAAUGGUAUAAUCACGAGAAAAGAAUAAUUUAACAAAAUAAUUAAGCCUUGGUUAAAAUAAAAAGGAACAAUUCUGUGAAAUGGAAGAUGAUUGUAAACAGCAAUUCGUUCUUUUAUUUGACUUCAUUUAUGUUGAGCCAAAAAAAGCUCCAGUUUCUGGUCUGCACGCGCAUCGCCAUAGCCAUGCGCAUUGGCAAAAUUAGAAGUUUUUUUUUUUCAAAGAUGAUGUCUCAAAAUCGCCAAACUCACUGGUUUGACUGGAGUCCUGCUGCUGCACAAUUUUAACAUGUUUUUAGAUGGGGUUACGAUGGAGUGUAAGCUUUAAGUGGCCUCUCUGGGCUCCCAUACCUUUUGCACUGAAUUUAGUCGGUCACCAUUUGCCAGUCAUCAGCAGAUAUUUGAAUCGUAAAAAAAAAAAAAAAAAAAAAACGCGUCGCCGCACCACUUUUAGGGCAAGCUCCAUACCAGAAACCGAAGACUUUUUUGGGGGGCCUUACUGUAAACAAAUUGAAUUUGCUUUUUUGCUUGAUUUUGUAUGUUAAAAGAUGAUAAACUACCCUGGUUGACAAUAUGUUUUGUUGACAUGUACAUUACAACAUCAAGGGUGACCUUUGACCUCUGUUGUCUCAAUCAUAGUAGUGUAUCAUUUAGAAUUUCAUUUCCAUAGAGCAGUAGUGAAUUAUGAGAGCGUUUACUCCUCAUUCCCUUGCACACUUCAAAGUUGUCUGAGCUCAACACAGUAUGAAGAAUGUACAUGUAGCGAGAUCAAUGUGAAAGUCCUGUCGCCAGUAUGAAAUCAAUAUUUUUGGGUUUUGUGCACUUCUGUACAUGUAGCUAAAAUAUAUUUCUGAUGCAGGCAUGUGGUCUAAAUCCCAAGUGAAAAAAAAUCCCAAAAAAGUGAUAAACAGUGAGAAAAAUCCCAAAUCUGUGCAACGCAAAGCACUGACGAAUGAAAUUAAAGUUACACUAACAGCUUUGAAAUGUUUUAGAAUAUACAUGUACAGGUACAAU